AUGUUGACUGGACAAACAGAAGAGGAGCAGCACUUGCAAAUAACACCAACCAACAACAACAACAACAACAACAACAACAAUGACGACGACGACGAGGAUGAAGACCCAGGAACAGAGAUUGCCUUUGUUCUGGAUGGCUCAGGAAGCAUUGAUCCUCCUGACUUCGUCAAGGCCAAAGAUUUUAUAACUCAAGUUAUGAAAAAUGUCUGGUCACAAUGUUUUGAUUGCAAUUUUGCAGUUGUACAAUAUGGAAGAUUUGUCAGAACUGAGCUUUCACUAAAGGAAAAUGAUGAUGCAUCCAAAGCCAUUGAAAAGAUUCCUAACAUCGAGCAAAUAGGAAAUCACACCAUUACAGCGUCAGCCAUCAAUCAUGUUCUCGAACAUGUUUUUGUUCCUGAAAAUGGAUCAAAACCGAACUCUCAGAAAUAUAUUAUUGUGGUGACAGAUGGAAUUAUAUUUCUGGACAAAAUGAAUCUUACAGUUGUUUUGAAGAACCCAAAAAUGGAAAACAUUACCCGCUUUGCAAUUGGGGUUGGACCUUAUGUGCUGAACCAUUCCGCUGCACUUAAAGAGAUGAGAGAGAUAGCCUCAGACCCACAUGAACAGCAUUUUUUUGGAGUUGGUAGCUACACUGGACUGAAUACCAUUUUGUCAAAAUUAAAGAAAGGCAUUUUGGGGGGUAUUGAGGGCACUGCAGGAGUUGGAUUCCGUUUUGAAUUAGCAGAAGCUGGGUUCAGCUCUCACAUUGCCCCUGAUAAUUCCCUUCUUUUUGGUGCCGUGGGUGCCUUUGACUGGAGUGGUGGAUUGAUUGUAAAAAAUAUUGAAACUAGUUCAACAGCGUUUCUAAACGUAACAAACAAUGAACCAAAGAUUCCAAAGACAGCUGGGAAGGAACAGCGGUUUUCAUACUUGGGUUACAGUGUGACAUCUGCACAGAGGUCGGGUAAAACACUCUACCUCUCUGGGGCACCCAGAUACAACCUGACAGGAGGAGUUUUUAUUUUCAGCGGAGAAACACAUGAUCUGCAACAGUUACUGCCUGGAGACCAGGUGGGCUCAUAUUUUGGGUCUGUUCUCUGUGUCCUGAAUGUUGACAAAUCCGAGAUCUUGAAAACAGACUAUUUAUUAGUUGGAGCUCCAUACUUUCACAGAAAGGGAGAAGAGGGAAAGGUUUUUGUGUACAAACUGCAUGAGCAGCAUGGGUUUCAAAAGCAGGACUGGGAGUGGUCAGGUGUAACUAAGUAUGCCUUUGCUAGAUUUGGGUCUGCCAUAGCAAACAUUGGAGAUGUUGAUGGGAACGGAUACAAUGAUGUGGCUGUUGGAGCCCCUCUUGAAGAGAGAAAUGGAGGGACAUCUGGCAGUAUCUACAUUUACAAUGGAUUCAGGGGUGGCCUUCGACAGGAGCACUCACAAAGAAUUUCAGCAGCAGAAAUGGGGAUGAAGCUGAAAUACUUUGGCCAAUCUGUGAGCCCCAUGGCGGAAGCUGGGCCAAGGAGACAGGAGUAUAUCAGUGUUGGGAGUGAAGGAAACGUCACUGUGUUAAAAACACUUCCUGUGAUUGUCUUCAAGCCUACAAUCACAGUUGAACCUCCCAUGAUUAAGCGCUCUCAUCAGGCUGAGGACAUUCCCAAAUUAGAGAUUAAACUCCAUAUCUGUUUAUAUGCACGAAGUGCAGAUUUUGAAGAAGUCUCUAGCAUUUCUGUUCUAUACAACAUUGACUUGGACCCUGGUCAAGCCGAGAAGCGUCUUACCUUUCACAAGGCAUCAAAACAAGGCAACUUCAGCUUGACUAAAAAUAUUGCCUGCAUCUCCAAAAUGAACUUGCAUUUUUCGGGAUGCUCUGACUGUUUUUCACCGAUCCUAGUCAAGUUUAAUUUUAACCUCACCUCAACAACAGCACCUUAUGUUCUGGAUGCAUUUACCCCAACAGAGAUAUCAAAAGAGAUUACCUUUGAGAGACAGUGUGAACAGGAACUAUGUCCAGCAAAGAUAAGCCUAUCAAAUUCACGCCUCAGCAAACAAAAAAUCAUAAUUGGAGACACUCAAGACUUGGACAUAACUUUACAUCUUACCAAUACCGGAUAUGAUUCCUUCAAGACAACGCUGACUUUGACUUAUCCCAGCGUCCUUCUCUUUUCCAAGAUAUUAAAGAAACCAGAGAGAACUUCCUGUGAAAAUGCAAUCAGUGAAACGUUUUCUGAGCUGAAGUGUAAUCUUAGUCACCCAAACUACAGAAGCUCAUCUCAGGCCAUUUUGUCCAUGUCAUGGCAGAUUGAGAACAUAAAAUCAGCUCAAAAGACUGCUGAUAUCAGUGUCAUCUUAGCAAAUGAAAAUAAUGGCUCUCAGAUCCUGGAUCAAAGGAAUUUUACAUUUGAAAUAGAGAAUGCCCUUAGAGUGGGACUUCAGGGAAAAUCUGAACCCACUUCACUGAAGAAUGAGGAGGAGACGGUCACUAAACCAUUGAAAAUCAUAUUUCAGCCUGAAGGUGAGAACAAACAUGAUGCCCCUUUAAAUAUUACCAUCACCAUAAAAUUGGAGACAACUCACACCAAGGUGUCUAUCAAAAGGAGUUCCCCAGAGAGUGGGUGUGUCUUCCCAUAUGAAGGUGAAAUCGAAGGAGAGUACCAGAUGCACUGCGUUCAGACAAACCUCACAAAAAUUAUCAUUAGCAUGGACGUGCAUAUCUUUAAAACACAGGAGCAUGAUGAAAAGAUUGUAGUCAAAGGAGAGCUGGGCUUUGACCAAAGCACUUUUGUGGCACUGGACAGGAAUCGACUGAAGAAGGAGGUGGUGGUCACAGUAAGGAAACUGGCUGUUGUCAAAUCAAUAGCAACAAUCAUUGGAGGGUCCAUAGGAGGUUUUCUGUUCUUAGCCAUUAUUAUUGUCAUCCUUUGGAAGUGUGGGUUUUUUAAAAGGCGCCAUCAAGUGGAGCAAAGAUAGAACAGCAGCUGAGGGAUGUUCGCAUGCAUGGAGGUGCUUCUCAUGGCCUUCUAAGCUGAACUUAGUUGAUCUCCAAAUCUUUAAAAUGUAUUUGUUUUUUCAACUCAUAUGAAUGUUUUUUUAAACCAUAUUCUUCGAUUAUUGGAAACUAUGAUUUAAUUAUAUGUCAACAUGAUAGUGUCAUUUUAUAUUCAUAUAACAGUGUAUUAUAAAAGUGAUUGUUUUUCACAGAUGUUUUGCCUCUGCUAUUAUUUUAAAUUGCUAUUACAUUUCUUUUUCAACCGAUGAAAUGUAUUUAUUGCUGUUUAACUAUACAAAACACAUUUAAGCUCUGUAUUGAAAUGUAUCAACUCUCUUCAUAAAAUAUGAACUAAUUGAUAAGCUGUGCUGCUGUAUUAGUCCUGCUAUAUUCUAUGUCUUGAUGAAACUGAUUUCCUUUAAUAUGGCUAUCGGAAGCUGUGCCAACAUAAGAUUGUUACCAUGUUCAUAAAUGUUUGAAUGUUUCAACAAUGUUUCAGCUGUACAUCAAUGUUUUGAUUGAAUUUAGGCCUAUUAAUUGACAUUAGUUACAGUUGGUAGAGGUUUUUAUCCUUAAAGUUGAGCUGGUUCUUGAGCAUAGGAAAUGUCAUUACUGAUAAAUGCUUAUUUAUGAGCACAUGACAAUAAACUUGAACUUAAAUUUGAA